GCAUAAGUCUGCAGUCAAGAAAGGUUGUUCUUAAAUACGCUAAUUCUUUUAGAGCCAGGGCUAAGCUCCUAAACACUCACUUUUUUCCUGUCAGUCGUUCUUUUGAUUGAAGAGAAGGAAAACAAAACUUGCGCCUCAUGAGGAAGAUAUAGAGCUAUUUUGAUGACCUUCUUUUACAAAUGCUUCUCUUGAGACCCAGUCUCUCACUUAGAGCAGAUCUCUGGUCUGAACCAUCCUUCUCUGUGAACAGUAUUUUGGACAGGAAAUACAGAAACAGAACAUAUAUGCACUUCAGAAGAGAAUACCUUAUGACGAAAUGACUUCUUCAGAAGACUACUUAGAGAGAGCCAUAAAGGAAAAGCUUUAUCUAAGAACAAAAGCAUGGUGACUUCUGAAUAUUACAUCACCAAAUGAGGAACCCACAAGCAAGACAUAAUUUCUACUUGGCGGCACCUGACUUGCUGGAUCCCAAAUCGGCCACUCAGAACUCCAAACCAAGAUUAUCAUUUUCUACCAAGCCUACCGUGCUUUCUUCACGGGAGGAGAGUGAUUCAGCUAUUAAUGUUAUGAAAUGGAAGACAGUCUCAACAAUUUUUCUGGUGGUAGUCGUGUAUUUAAUAAUUGGAGCAACAGUGUUUAAAGCCCUGGAGCAGCCUCAUGAAACCUCCCAGAGAACCACCAUUGUGAUUCAGAAGCAGACGUUUGUAUCUCAGCAUUCCUGUGUGAAUGCAACAGAGCUUGAUGAACUCAUUCAGCAAGUAGUGGCAGCAAUAAAUGCAGGAAUCAUACCUUUAGGAAACACAUCUACUCAGAUCAGUCACUGGGACUUGGGAAGUUCCUUCUUCUUUGCUGGCACUGUUAUUACCACCAUAGGCUUUGGAAACAUCUCACCACGCACACAAGGUGGGAAGAUAUUCUGUAUCAUCUAUGCCUUACUGGGAAUUCCUCUGUUUGGUUUUCUGUUGGCUGGUGUUGGCGACCAACUAGGAACAAUCUUUGGGAAAGGAAUUGCCAAAGUAGAAGAUACCUUUGUUAAAUGGAAUGUGAGUCAGACAAAGAUUCGCAUAAUUUCAACAAUAAUAUUCAUACUAUUUGGCUGUGUGCUGUUUGUUGCUCUUCCUGCAGUUAUAUUCAAACACAUAGAAGGCUGGAGCACACUAGAUGCAAUUUAUUUUGUGGUUAUCACUUUAACUACCAUUGGAUUUGGUGACUAUGUUGCAGGGGGAUCAGAUAUUGAGUACCUAGAUUUUUAUAAACCAGUGGUGUGGUUCUGGAUCCUUGUUGGGCUUGCUUACUUUGCAGCUGUCCUCAGCAUGAUUGGAGACUGGCUAAGAGUCAUAUCAAAAAAGACAAAGGAAGAGGUAGGGGAAUUCAGAGCCCAUGCUGCGGAAUGGACAGCCAACGUCACCGCAGAGUUCAAAGAAACACGAAGACGUCUAAGUGUGGAGAUCUACGACAAGUUCCAGCGGGCUACCUCUAUCAAAAGAAAGCUCUCUGCAGAACUGGCGGUCAACCACAAUCAAGACCUGACUCCUUGCAAGAGAACCCUAUCAGUCAACCAUCUAACCAGUGAGAAGGACAUCUUGCCAGCUCUAACAAAGACGGACAGCAUUUAUAUGAAUGGUUUGACGCCUCACUGUGCAGCAGAAGAGAUAGCUGUUAUUGAAAAUAUUAAGUAGUUGUGACUUGGGAUCCCAGUCCUUGAGAAGCUUUUGGCUUAGACUAGCCAUAUACCUUUUUUCUCCACCCUGUCAAUGACCAAUGCUCAUAGCAUUUUAUAUGUGUGCAUGAGUUCCACAGAAACUGCAGUCCAGAGUUACCAUCACAUCUCUUCAAAGACACAAGAUGAAUGGCACUUCUGUUAUUGAAAGAUGCUGGAACAAGCAAUGUCUUCUGCCUUUAUCUGCCCAGACUGUUUUUCAUUUCUCCUAAUGUGCCAUAUGGCCUCAAGAAUGAAUCACACUUGUUAUGGUAACAAUGUAGCUUUGAGGGAUCAGUCCUUAAAAUUUCAGGGUCUACAUUACUGAGCCUAGGAAUGGACCAUUUAUGGACUACAACACAUUUGUAAAUGGCAAGAAAUUCUUAUGCAGCCUUUUACCUAAGAAAUUUUUGUCAGUGCCUUAUCUUUUGAAGAACCAGAACCUCUACAAUUCCUAUACGGUUUUUGUUUGUUUGUUUGUUUGCAUGAGUAAUGUAUUUCAUUUGAGCUUUCAUUCUUCUUGAAACGAUAGCGUUUUAAAGAUGUCUAUAAUGAAGAUACCAACCAGCAUGAAUGAAUGCCGAAACUCAACAGUCAUCAAAUUAAUGUUCUUAGCUCUAAAUUUAAAGGCACUGCGGUUUCAAAAGUUGUGACAAUAUCCCUCAGAAGCAUUUGUUUUACUCAGGUCCAGCUGAUACUUGUUCACACUGACUUGUAGAAUUUGCAGACCCACUCAGGUCGUAUUUUUCAAGCAGUGUUCGGCAGUUUUUUUCUCUGCAUCAGAUGUACCAAAAAAAAAAUCUGCAGCUUAUCUAUCACUAAAUUAUUUGGUAGAUGACAAGAGCAAAUAAAAAUUACUAUUAUGAGGAUAGGCAGGAGAGGGUUUUAAUUGGUGCAUUCUGAUAGCCAUACUCAGAAAACAAUGCAGAAAAAUACGGUAGUUUUUAAUGAGCAUAAACCUUCUGCCAGACAUUUGCUCCACGAAAAGGAUUCUUAACUUCCUCUUUCAGUCAAGUCACACCAGACGCCGUAAGAUCUUUUACACAGGAGUCCUGCUGGAGUGCUUUCCUGAAUGUCAUGCUGCACAGCGGCUGCCUAUGCUGGAGCUGUGGCUGAAGUGGGAAUGCAAUUGAAACUGGUAUCACUGUGACUUUGUACAUGUCAAACAUACAGGUGUCUGAAUACAAGUGCAGGCAUGGAGGAGAGCUGAUAAAUAG